GCGGCGCGGGGUGGCGGGUGGCUCCGGGCCGGGCCCCGGCGCUGAUGCUGGCGGCGGCCGCAGCCGCUCUGGGCUUCCUCAGAGUAUCAGCACUUGAUGUGAAGACACCAGAGGAGCUCUUUGUUGAGAAUGGGACGGAAGCAAGACUUCCAUGCACAUUUUCAUCCCGAGAGGUGAUCAGCAGCUUAGCGUCCAUCUCUUGGAGCUUCCAACCAGAGGGAGCAACAACCUCUAUAUCAUUCUUCUAUUACUCUCAAGGGAAUGCGUUCCCUGGGAAGGAGGCACCAUUUAAGAACAGAAUCAGUUGGGCUGGAGACCUUAACAAGAAAGAUGCAUCUGUCACCAUAGCAAAUGUGCAGUUCCGGGACAACGGCACUUACUUCUGCGAUGUCAAGAACCCACCUGACAUAGUUGUCAAGCCAGGAGAAAUCCGACUUAGAGUCGUGCAGAGAGACAAUCUGCCUGCAUUCCCCACUGGCAUGGUGGUAGCGAUAGCCAUUGGUGUGACUCUAGUUGUCUUGCUGCUCGUUGCGGUUAUCGUGUGUGUCGUCAGAAAGAAGAACUCUAAAAAGCAUUACUCUGGCUAUGUCUUAGGAUCUUUCCAGAGAGGGUGCCUGGAUAAUGUCUUGCUCCAGACGAUGUGGCUGUAUUUAUUCUGGAACCUGGAGUGGCACAGGAUUAAGUAGACCCACUGCCUGUUUAUUUACUGACUGCAUGUCAAGGUCAUAGUAUUUAAAGCCUUAAGAAAGAGAAGACCAGUCUGAGGGCCAGGCCAUGGAUCUACAUCCACCUGUGAUAGCAAUUGGUAAGCUCAAAUGCUAAACGCUCAUAGCAUAAUCUUGAUCAAGUGCCCCCCAGACUGAAAUGCUUUCUCUCAUAUGCUUGCCUGAGCAUCAGUGGCAUCCUUCCACCCCAAGUCCAAUAAGUACCUAUUUCUUCCAGAUUAUGGUGGGGUUUUCCACAACAUUAUUUUCAUGUUCAUUUAUGCUGGUGUGGGUGAUAUAUUACUCCUACAUUCAGGAAAAUGCCUGUUCAAGUUAUGUUUAGUAUUUGUGAUAGGGCUGCAAGCUUCCAAGCAUGUAUGUAUGCAAACAUACAAUUAUUUUCUAUGCUUUUUCCCCUAAAAAUACUUCAGUGUCCCUGCAGCAAAUGCAAUGAUUUAUCAGUAACAAAUCCCAUAAGCCAGCACACAUGCACUUGAGGGAAAAAGUUGCACAUGAAUCUGAUUGGAAUUUUAAAACUAAUAAUUGAAAAAAUAUCUUGACAGAACCCUCAAGAAAAUGCUCCUCAAAUUAUUAAGAGUUUUAAAGUGACAGUGAGCUGGUUCAGAGACUCAAGAGGAGGGAGAGAACUGUUUGUUUGUAAGCUCUUCCUCAGAAGAGAAGUAACUCAAGAACGUGACAAAAGCUCUGCAUUUUGAUUAAUUGAUAAUCAAAAUGCAUGUGGAGGCUAUCAUAAUAAAA